AAUUCCUGUAAGCUCGAACCAGGAAGUUAUUUAUUCUCUGCAAAAUAAAGGCUUAAGUCAGGUUUGGUUGAAAUGGGGGGAUACUUAAGUAAAAGUUCAACAAGUUAUACAGAAACGGUGGCAGCGAAAAGACAGUCAUAUCUCCUUGUUGCUGCGUUCGAUUUUGGGACAACAUAUAGUGGUUAUGCGUUUUCCUUCCGAGAUGACCCCCUCAAAGUACAAACUAAUAAAACCUGGUACUCCGGAGGGGCUGGCAAACUGAUCUCUCUCAAGACGCCGACAAGCGUGCUUCUUAAUCCAGACGGAGAGUUUGAUUCAUUCGGGUUUGAAGCUGAGGACAGCUAUGCAAGUAAAGCGCAAGAUGACAGCCACAAAGGAUGGAGAUUGUUCCGGCGUUUUAGGAUGGUUCUGCACAACAACAAGGACCUUUCAAGAGCCACCACUGUUAAGGAUAUUGAAGGCAUUUCUCAUCCAGCUUUGGAAAUAUUUUCCAUGGCAAUCAAGUUUCUACAAAAUCAUCUACUAGAUUCGUUAGCGAACCAGGUUGAUGGAAUUAAAGAGAAUGACAUUUACUACGUUAUCACCGUACCCGCCAUAUGGGAUGACAAUGCAAAGGAGUUCAUGAGAAUGGCUACCAAAGAGGCGGGCCUCGAUGAAACUCGAGUUAAACUUACUCUUGAACCGGAAGCAGCCUCGAUCUGGUGUGAGGCGCUUGAUGUUGACAUACAGGGUAAAAUGGCCGGGAUCGGAACUCAGUAUAUGGUCAUUGACCUUGGAGGUGGAACUGCAGACAUUUCUGUCCACGAGAAAAAUGACGACGGUACUCUGAAAGAGAUCCACAAGGCCAGUGGAGGACCAUGGGGUGGCGUCUAUGUUGACGACAACUAUCUCAAAUUCCUAGAACAUAUACUCGGGGAAAAAGUUAUCACUGAACUUAGGACGAAAGAAAUGAUUGACUUCUUUGACCUCAUCAGAGAAUUUGAAACAAAGCAAAGAAGUUUCAAAUCAACGUCGACAGACAAAGUUAUGUUUAGGAUAUCAGCUUCUACUAGAAGCCUUUGUAAGAAAUUUACAGGACAGGAAUUCGAAGAAAGACUUGCAGCCUCAAAAUAUUGCGAUUCAGUUAUUGUGAACGGUGGCGAUAAAUUACGAGUUGAGCCUGACAUCGUUAAAGACUGGUUUGACGGUCCUAUAAAUAACCUCGUUGACCACUUGAAGAGCCUUCUCGAGGAGCCUUGGCUGGAAGCGAUGCAGACCAUAGUACUGGUUGGUGGUUUCGGAGAGAGCACGUAUGUUCAGGAAAGGCUGAGGGCUGCGAUCCCAGACAAGCGUCUGAUUGUUCCUGCUGAGGCGGGUCUCGCCGUACUGAAAGGGGCCGUCAUGUUUGGACACAACCCAGCGAUCAUCACAUCAAGGGUCAUGAAAUACACGUGUGGCGUUGGCGUGAUUGGUAAAUUUAAUGACAAAAUUCAUAGUGAAGACAAAAAAUACUUCAAUAAAGACGACGGUAAAUGUUCUACAGAAACGGUGGCAGCAAAACCUCGUUCCUAUCUUCUUGAAAGUUCCAUGGAAACGGUGGCAGCGAACCCUCAGUCCUAUCUUCUCGUUGCUGCGUUCAAUUUCGGAACAACAUAUAGUGGUUAUGCGUUUUCCUUUCGAAAUGACCCGCUUAAAGUACAGACUAAUCACAACUGGUAUUCGGGAGGUGCUGGCAAACUGAUCUCUCUCAAGACGCCGACAAGCGUGCUUCUUAAUCCAAACGCAGAGUUUGACUCUUUCGGAUUUGAAGCUGAGGACAGCUAUGCGAGUAAAGCAGAAAAUGACAGCCACAAAGGAUGGAGAUUGUUCCGGCGUUUUAAGAUGAUUCUGCACAACAACAAGGACCUUUCAAGAGCCACCACUGUUAAGGAUAUUGAAGGCAAUUCUCAUCCAGCUUUGGAAAUAUUUUCCAUGGCAAUCAAGUUUCUACAAAAUCAUCUACUAGAUUCGUUAGCGAAACAGGUUGAUGGAAUUAAAGAGAAUGACAUUUACUACGUUAUCACCGUACCCGCCAUAUGGGAUGACAAUGCAAAGGAGUUCAUGAGAAUGGCUGUGGAAGAGGCGGGCCUCGAUGGAACUCGAGUUCAACUUGCACUUGAACCGGAAGCAGCCUCGAUCUGGUGUGAGGCGCUUGAUGUUGAUAUACAGCAUAAACUGGCCGGGAUCGGAACUCAGUAUAUGGUCAUUGACCUUGGAGGUGGAACUGCAGACAUUUCUGUCCACGAGAAAAAUGACGACGGUACUCUGAAAGAGAUCCACAAGGCCAGUGGAGGACCAUGGGGUGGCAUUUAUGUUGACGACAACUAUCUCAAAUUCCUAGAACAUAUACUCGGGGAAAAAGUUAUCACUGAACUUAGGACGAAAGAAAUGACUGACUUUUUUGACCUCAUCAGAGAGUUUGAAACAAAGAAAAGAAGUUUUAAAUCAACUUCGAAAGACAAAGUUAUGUUUAGAAUAUGCGCUUCUACUAGAAGCUUUUGUAAGCAAAUCACAGGACAGGAAUUCGAAGAAAGACUUGCAGCCUCCAAAUAUUGCGAUUCAGUUAUUGUGAACGGUGGCGAUAAAUUACGAGUUGAGCCUGACAUCGUUAAAGACUGGUUUGACGGUCCUAUAAAUAACCUCGUUGAUCACUUGAAGAGCAUUCUAAAGGAGCCCAAACUGAAAGCGGUGCAGACCAUUGUGCUGGUUGGUGGUUUCGGAGAGAGCACGUAUGUUCAGGAAAGGCUGAGGGUUGAGAUCCCAGACAAGCGCCUGAUUGUUCCUGCUGAGGCGGGUCUCGCCGUGCUGAAAGGGGCCGUCAUGUUUGGACACAAGCCAGCGAUGAUCACAUCAAGGGUCAUGAAAUACACGUGUGGUGUUGGUGGGAUUGGUAUAUUUGAUGCCAAAUUUCAUAGUGAAGACAAAAAAUACUUCGAUAAAGACGACGGUAAAUGGUGGGUCCGAAACUGCUUCGAUGUGUUCGUUCGCGUAAACGAGGAUGUUCCCAUUAACCACCAAAUAACCCAAGAAUACAUUCCUACAGCUUAUAAGACAACCUCGCCCAUCUACCGUACGACAGUCGAGAAUCCCGUGUACGUGACCGAGCACGGCUGUGAGCUGCUCGGAACGCUGGUGACAGAGCUUCCCCGGGACAUUCCUCUCUCUGAGCUUGAUCACGAUAUAACAUUCAUGUUUGGAGGAACAGAACUUGUUGUAAAAGUCCGUGUGAGAAAAACGGGACAGGAAGAGAUCUUGAAACUUAACUGCUUGAAAUAAACUACGACCGGCACCAAGAACCUGUUGUGUAAACCUGAAAACAGAAUAGCGGAUAUAUAUUAUUGAAAAUGUUUUUUAUUAUUUUCUUUUUCUUAUUUUUAAAUAUAAAUACGCUUUACUGCUGAUCCUCUUAGAAAGACCAGACAGGAGAAUAUUUUGAAACUGCAUUGUUUGAAGUACACUACAACCGACACGAAAAACCUGUGAUGUGAACCUACAAGUAAAAUGACACAUAUGUAUUUGAUUACCAAGCUUUGUUUCCCUUUCGUGCUGAUUAGGUUAAAUAUGUAUUUGGAAAAAAAACGUCGUGCUGCUGUUAUUGACAUUAUCAAACUACCUUCUAUGAUGUCUAUAAACUUUUUUUUGUUUUUCAUUCAUUUUCAACAUAAAUCAUAUUUACAUAAUAUAUCAAAAACAUAUAUAUAUAUAUGUUAAAACAUCUCUAUGUUGUAUUGAAAAAUAAUUUCUAUCACACACACACACACGCACGCACGCACGCGAGCACACACGCACGCACGCACGCAAACACACACUCACACACACGCGCGCACACGCGCGCACACACACGCACAUACACUCAGAGUGAUGUCCCUGUUUUGUUCAAAAGAUUACUUUAUUCAUAUUCAUGAGAAAAAAACAGUAAUAAGAUAUGCAUUGUUUAGGCUAAAUGUGUUUCUUUUUUCUAUAUAUGAAUAUAUAUAUAUAUAUAUAUAUAUAUAUUAGUUAUUUAGAAUAUCGAGUACUUCCCAUUUGUUUUCUGUGGGUUUCAUACUUAUCAUUAUUUAAUGUUAUUUGCUCUUCUAUUUUGAUUCUUAAUUUUAGAUAAUGCAAAAAUGCAUCGAAGGAUAAUUGUCUGUUAUAUCAUUUUCAUGAAUUAAUAUAAAAUUUCAUUAAGAUAAUUAAACAAUUACAGAUAUUACUGUAUUUGCUUUUUUUGACUAUUCCCAAUAGGGCUGUUGAGUUUUUUUGACACUCCCAAUAUAAUGUUCAAUUGAUUUAACAUUUGAGUUGUAGAAAGUACAUAGACUGCAAUCGACUAAUUUGACUUUAAACAGAAAUUUGUUGGUCGGUAAUAUUUUCAUAAGGAAUUUAUAGUUGAAACUACGCAAUGUUGUAUUUAUCGUUGAUUUGUAAAUAGGUGGUGGUUAAGAAACAUACUCCAUCUCUAAAUAAAGCUAAAGUGGCGGAAAUGUCAAACCUGGAUUAAGUGGCCACCUGUCUUAAGCAGCCACUUUGAUCAUUUCCCAAGGGUGGCCACUUAAUACAGGUUUGACUGUAUUACUAUAAAUAGCAUUCCAUUCCAGAUGUUCACUAAUUUCCAAAGUUUCUUUCCAUUUUGCUUCUGAAAUCGGUUGGAGAAUAUUAUGCAACAAAAUUGAAUACAGAAGUUUAUUUGUUUGUACUGAUGUUUCAACUUUUUCUUUGAAUUGUUGAGUAUUAGCGUAAAUAAUCCCAUCCGAAAUCAGUUGUGUUUUUAUAUGUAAUGGAAUUGACCGAACUGAGUGUUUGAUAGUUUAUAAAAUCUGUAUUCCUUAUGCUGUAUAGGUAUUGUAUUUGAUUAAAUUCGUAAAAAUUGUUUGUUCUAUAGUCGAAAAUAUGUUCAAGAUACUUAAUACCUUUUUCAUACCAUUGUUUGAAAAACAGAGUAUUUCCAUUACUGCAAAUUGUUUGGUUAUUCCAUAUCACUGUCUUAGCUGUUUUUAUUGAGUUUGUGUCAUAUAUUUGCUUAAUUUUACUCCAGGAUUUGAUGACAUUCUUUAUGAAUGAACCUUCUUUUGAAAUUUUGUUUAUUGUGGUAUUGCCUAAGUCACGGUCAUUUCCAUAGUUAAUUAGCUUCUUUUUAAGAAAAUUUUCCAUUGACUUUUGUUUUUGUCGUCUAAAUAUCUUUAAACCCAGACAGCUUUAAUGGAGUUAAGAAAGAGUUCGACAUUUGUAAGUUUUAGUCCACCGUUUUCGUGAUUUUGGUACAUAAUAUCUCUUUUAAUUUUGUCUGGCUUCUUGUCCCAGAUGAAUUUGAAGAUAGAUAGUUUAAUGUUUUCAAUAAUACACCUGGUUGGAUUUGCGAGAACAGUGAAUGGGUAGAUGAUUUUGGGCAAUGCGUAUGUUUUCACUACUGUAAUUUUACCCAUUAAUGAUAGUUUUCUAUGUUCCCAUUGUUUUAGAACUUUAUGAAAUUCUUCGACCUUUUUAUUAAUAUUUUCGUCUAUUGUUUUUUGUUUGUCAUUGUAGAAUGUAAUACCUAAAGCGGUUGAGCAUUCUG